ACCCCAAAAAAAGGAAACUAUUUUGUUGCUCUCUUGAACAAUCGGUCUUUAUCGGCAGCGAAAACGAAAAUAGCCUAAUUGGAGUAACAGGCAGUGAUCUUAGGAAUUCUCUUUUAGAUGUAGCUCAUACCACCGAUUUUCAUAUAUUGAAGAUUUCGGAAAAGCCAUUUGGCCAUAUUCAUUUUAAAACUGAGCAUGACGCUGGCACAUUUUAUAGACAAGUUCAACAUCAACCAAUCCCCGGUCCUAAUAAACUUAUUUUAAAUUUUCUACCUUCGAAACAAAAAAAUAGUGAUGAAUUUACUGUUUAUAAAGUUCAGAACGAUCAAACAAAUAAUCAAAACAAUCUUCGAACAAGUCCCAACCCAAGUUCACAAGUAAGUUCCGAUCCAAGUCCACAAGCAAGUUCCAACUCUAGUCCACAAGCAAGCUCCAACUCUAGUCCACAAGCAAGCUUCAACUCUAGUUCACAAGCAAAUUCCGACCCAAGUCCACAAGCAAAUUCCGACCCAAGUCUACAAGCAACUUCUGACCCAAGUCCACAAGCAACUUCUAACCAAAGUCCACAAGCAAAUUUUGCGAGUUCCCAAACAACAUUUAUAAGUUCUCCUGCCGCUUCCAAUUCUAACAAUGACGAAAUUUACACUCUUAAUCUUUGCAUAAAUAAAAGCUACUGUGAGGAUGAUAUAUUUGUAAUCGACAUUUCAAAAAACAAGAAAGUUGACAGCUUAAAACCGAUCAUAAAGAAAAGGUUGGCUCCUCUCUUUGAUCACAUUCCUUCAACAAAAAUUACACUUUAUAAGAAUGGCUCUGAAGAAAAAAUGAAUCCAACCACCAUUAUUUCUGAAUAUUUUCCAUCAGUACCUGAUUCGGAAUGUAUUCAUAUUUUUGUCUGUCACCCCUAUUAA